AUGGAGGCAUCAGCGGAGGCGAUAGACGACCUCUUGGCCGUUCGCCUAUACCCACCCUACUCGCAGUCAAGUCUCAUGGCCUACCUUAUGACCUUUGAGCCAGCGGCGACCAAGAGUGGCCUCUUCUCCACCACCCCCAAGAAUAUCGACGUCAAGCACGCCAAGGGUCGCUUCUUCCUCGAGACCCUCCCGACCAUCAUCCGCGACGCGGUCAUCAAGCGCAUUCCAAACGACCAGCCGCUCACCUUCGGCCUGGCUCGUGAGGCGUAUUUGAGGGUGGCCGAGGGUAUGAAAAACGGCGAUUUGGACUACGGAGCCCAGCCGUGGCACCGCGCCGUCUCACGUCUUAGGCCGGGAAAGCCCAUCAAGUGGCCGGCGGCCAAGAGACUCGAGGCCGAGACCAGCACCAAGGGUCCCGUAGCCAGCACCCAGGCCACCCAACCACCGCGCACCCACAAGACGGCCGAGUCUAGCUCCGACGAGGAUACCCCCGACACUUCAUUCUCGAGCACCGAACUCGACCUGAUUCAAACGUCAAAGUACAACUCCUUGAACGAUGCGCUCAAGUCAGCUCGCGACCACCUCCCCGUUGGCGAGCGUGCCGGACUCGACAAGAUCGUGGCAUCGGCUCUUGAGCAAAUCACAACAUUCCUUCAAGCCCAGUCGACCAUCUCAAAUGAGCACGAAUCAAAUGGACAAGCCAAUUCUUCAAAUGCCCCCGCCAGACCAGCGCAGCCAUCCAACCCCGCGGAGCUCAGUGGCGCACUUCCGACCGUUCCCCCUACAGCAGCGUCGACUGGCCGUGAAGUGACCGAGUCGGCUGAGGAGGACGACGACGACGAGAAGCCGGCCACCAGGGCUUUGACGGUUCACACUUCUACAGGCGAGUUCACUACUCGCGACUACCGCUUUUCCAACAUCACUCUCGUUCUCGACGACACCGCUUCUCACCACGUGAUGCUAUGGUCCGGCAUGCUUGUCGACAGCUUGACAACUGAUAAAGUCGAGUUCAGCUCAGUCAAGUUUGGAAUCGACCGCGUGCCCCUCGACACUGCGGGCAAGAUUUACAUCAGUGACAAAGAGGAAGUGGGCGAAAACCUGGGCGUCGAGAUAGCAGAAGUCUACUUUGGUAUUGUUUCCGCCACCCGCAUGUCCAGCAACAUCCUGUCCGAGCGUAUCCUGCUGGAGCAGGGCUUUGUGAGGCACACCUCGGAGUCGGGCACCCGUCAUCUCUACCACACCACUUCGGGACUCUGCUUCAACAUCCACGAGCGUGAUGGGCAGGAGGUCAUUCUGGCGACUGCUUGGUGGGGAUGGGAGUAA